CGCAUGACGUAGAGAGGUCACUCCAUCACAUUUCACAACAUUUCUGUCUUCCACAUAUUGUGGAAGAGGUUUCUAUGUUUAUUCAGCGUUUUCCUCGGUUUUUCUCCUUUCUGACCAACAGGAUUUGUGUUCAGAGGCGUUUCCGCCUUGCCGUGAGCUCGACUUUAGAAGGUUUAACGCUUUUGUUUUUCCGGAAAAACGUUUCAGCAUCUCAGCGCGAUAGCGGUACGGUUCCAGCGGGACCGGAUAGUCGAAGCUAGGGGGGCAACCUCGCCUAGCUUCAUCGUCAAUACUCGAUCACAGUAUAGAACUGGUCUCACGGACUCGUCGUCGUCGUACAGAGAGGAUGAAUUCGUCGUUCAUGAAGCCGCUUGUGGUGCUAGCGGUCCCGGGUUUGUAUCUGUUCUACAAAUACAACCAGUACCGCCGCCAACAACAGGAGAGGCAGCGCCGCAAGGUGACAGAGAAGGAGCUGUUGGCCCUCAACCAAAAAAUCGACAAGUUAUUACAGAAGUUGGAGGAACAUGAGCCUGACCUAGCUGGGAGUAAAGAUGAAGAGUGUGUAAUCUGCAUCAACGCCAAGGCCCAGAUGCAGACGUACCCGUGUGGCCACAAGGUGGUCUGUAGGAAGUGUUUUGUGAAGACUAUCCAGAUGGCGGUGUCUCAGAGAUGUCUGCCGCUCCGCUGUGUCAUCUGUAGGACCAGGAUCCUCAAGCUCAAGCAGUCCACCAUCAUGUAGCAACCCACUCUUCCUCAACUUCCAGUUGUCAUGGAAGCUCAUUCGUGUUGGUAGUACAAUGCUAAACUCUUUUCUAACAUGAAGGUACAUGUAUACACGAGAGCAAAGGGCACUUUGACUCACACUAUACUGCAAGGUAGGGCGGAGGGUGUAAGACCUAGGGGACGUCCUUGACGGACUUGGACUAGUGACUUGAAAGAAUGGUCGGGACAACAGUACACCAGCUAGAAACCUUGGCCGAAGAUAGACAAAGAUGGAAAACUUAUGUUGAUGGCAUUGCUGCCCCUACGGCCGUUGAAGCUAAUAUAAUUGGGACCAGUGAGGUGAGGUGAUACACAGAUAAAAUUUUCAACAACUAAACAGAGACGGCCAUUAUGAACUUCCUGGCGUAUUUGACAAUUGUUGACAUCACAUGUCUGCAAGAUCAUGAUUAUGAUACUUUAUGUCUGUACGAGUUUAUGUUCUGAAGUGAUUGGUCAUCAGUAUUGAUCCUGCAGAAGGCGACAGUGAUCGUUGAAAAUUUUAUCCGUGUACUUUUUUUGUAUACAUGACCUUUGUGUUGGAAGAAAGUUUAGCAUUUUCACUGUUUUCACUUAAUUUAUUCCUGAUUCAUUAAACUUCCCACUAACUUGAUUCUGCUGUAACCAACUACACUGGUGAAAGAUCAUGUUAUGGAAGAUAGGUUAACUUUUUAUCUGUUGUAAAAAAAAAACAUAUCAGCUUGGAUUGUCAUAAAUGUACAUCUUUUGAAGGCCUUUGCCUAAAGAAAAUUCAAAAUCACAAAAAAUAGUAAAAUUGCUGUGUACAUCAUAAAACAACCUUACAAAUCCAUAUUAUGCAUCCCAUUACGUUACAUUGAGCUAUUGUGCUGAGCAUAAUCUUAUUAUCACUUAUUGUUCACACCUGAAGUAACAUUCAUCCAGCUUGAGCUAUCCCUGACCUAGUUUCAGUAAGGCUACAACGAAUAAAUUUUAUGGAUGAUAGCACUGCUUGCAUUGAUUUUCAUUCUGAUUAAAAUGGUCAACAUACAAAAAAUGGGAACAUCCAGUAAACUCAUAUCAGUUAUAUUAUAAUGUCCUAUAUGCCAUUAAAAGGCAUUUUGACAUCCACAUUGCUGUUUUCCUGACAGCAAGAUGACCUACAGAAAAUUCUGCGCUGUUUGUGUAAACUUAAGAUACUGAUAAGGAAAUACGGCAAUGUCAUUGCUGUGUUAUUGAAUACAGAUCCUGGAAUAAAACUUUUCUUGGUCCUGAUACUAUGCUCUAGGUUUAUAGUACAUAAAUUUGAAAAUUUUCUUAUGUACAAAAUGUAGGCACUUGUUUUUUUCCAACCAAUGUUGCAUUGGUAUGGAGUCAGAGGUUGUCAUUCAUAAGAAUUUUGCUUGCUGUGGCCUAAUGAUAAAUCUAUCCCUUCCUUCAAUUAGCUUUUAGUCUAUUUCCAAGAAUCCAUUACAUUCCCUUUUAUUUUCCACUUAUCUAAAUGUACCAGUAGGAAUAAGUCCUUGCCCUACUUCCAGGUAUUGAUUUAUGUUGUUAGAAUUCAGGACACUACCAUUUUAAGACGUUUGUCUUUUCAAAACGAUGCAGUCGUAUUUACUAAAAUGGACUAUAGUUAAGGAUUUUAGCUUCUGAUUAGAACUUGAUAAGUUAUGUGUACAGUUGUGAAAAAUUAACUGUUUUAUGUCUUAAGAAGUUAAACAUCACUUUAUCCUGCCUUUUGAUUGUACUGUUGAGAGAUUGCAAAGGCUGCAAUAAUGGAUUAGUGAAGACUAAAAAUUCAAGGUUGCUUUCAGAGAGAAAUGCCUAAUUGACAAACAGGUGAACUGUGCAAGAAGAUGUAUUUUUCACAUUUGACCGUACUGAGUGUAAUAACUAUGUUGUUAUACUGCACACUCUUAGCGCAGGGUUUAUCACUCUUAAGUUAGCUAAAGGUAUUCUCCUGAAGCAAAGUACCUGGAUGUCUAACCUUCCUUGACGUAGUCUAUUGUGUAGAUUGUAUACUGUUUCAGGUAACAAUCAUUAUCACGAUCCUUUUGUGUGCAAUUUUCUGUGAAUAGUCUUAAAAUUUGUAUUUGUUGCUGAUUUUAUUUUUGUGCUCAAUAUACUGUGUUGUUCCUGUGGCACUGUGGAAAAUGCUGUAUAUAUUUGACUUACCGUUGUUACUUUCUGAACAUAGGACACGUUGAUGUAUCUAGUCAAGCAGGACUUGGCUAUCAUUAAAUGGUCAUUUUCACCUAGGAGAAAUUGUAGUGAAGUAGGCAAAUGUUAAGAUUACUCCCUGGCAAUAUCCCCAGACUCGAUCUGCAUUUAAGUAAUGAAGUAUCAAUAAAUUUUUAUUUGAUUUUAAGGACUAUAUGACUAAUAA